AUGUCCGCCUUCAUCGUGGGAUCCACUGGUCUAUGUGGCAACCUCAUACUGAAACACUGUCCUGAAUACUUCUCAAAGUGCUACACCUUGUCAAGAUCCAAACCUGAUAACAGUGACAAUGAGUCCACGGUGAUUCUAACGUCCAAGGACUCGUCCACUUGGACAGAGUUGAUCUCGAAAGAGCCAAUUGACCAACCGGAUACGUUCUUCUCAGGACUGGGUACCACUAGAGCCAAAGCAGGCGGUAUUUCCAACCAAAGACUUAUCGAUUAUGACUUGAACUUGGAGCUGGCCAAGGCUGCUAAGUCAAAGGGGUUCAAAAAGUAUGUCUUGGUAUCAUCCAUGGGUGCUUCUGCGUCAUCGCCACUGCCCUACCCUAAGAUGAAGGGACAAUUGGAGGACGAUGUCAUUGCUCUCGGGUUUGAGCAGACAAUCAUUCUGAGACCUGGUAUCUUACUGGGAGAACGUCACGAGGAUAAGGGAUUGCUCAACAACUUGGCUGUCAAGCUCGGCUCAACCGUUCGUGGUACAUUCUUCGCCAAAUACGCUGGCUCUCCAACUGAGGCCGAGGAAGUUGCACUCGCAGCCCUGAAGAGUUCUCAAAAGAAGUACGAGGACAAAGUUGUCAUACUCUCCCCUGAUGAUAUCAUCAACCUGGCCAAGGAGUAGUACAAUCCACGGCAUUUCCAUCCUUACAAUAGCACAUGACCUCUGUUCUCAAUUCUAUGGUUUCCAUUGGUUUCUU